CGUCGAUCUGUCAAGCAGAAACUUUACAAUAUGUAUAUGUUGUCACUUGUGUAUGUUCAAUAUCUGACUAAUGCUCCGACUCCAGCAUGGGUUCCGGCCAAAGCAUGUCUAAUGGUGCCGUACCAAGAACCGUCCAGCUCAAGCCGCCAGGUGGAAGCGCUUUGGACGAAGCCGAGCGGAAUGCGGGCGUUCGAUCGCGUGCGGUUCAUGGCGCCGAAUCAACCGUCAUCUCUGUCUGCAAAAUUGUCCUUCCAUUAUCUGCCGAUGAAAACUGGAUCGAUCGGGAUUUGUGGUUGCAGGAUCUUCAGACUGGAGAUGCUACCGAUGAAGAUUCUGCCAUUGCACAGUCUCUUCGAAGAAGGAUUGCGGAAGGCAUUCGUUCUACAUCUUGAGAAUUUGCGCCAUCUUUCGGCGGAACCCUCGUUAACCUUUCAUUCGAAGAAGCCGGUCUAACCCCUUCCCUUUUUGCCGC